GACGCACUAUGACAGAUCAGGCCUUUGUGACGCUGACCACAAACGAUGCCUAUGCCAAAGGUGCACUGGUCCUGGGCUCAUCUUUAAAACAGCAAAGGACUACAAGGAGGAUGGUUGUACUCACCACCCCACAGGUCUCAGAUUCCAUGAGAAAAGUUUUAGAGACUGUCUUUGAUGAAGUCAUCAUGGUAGAUGUCUUGGACAGUGGCGAUUCUGCUCACCUAACUUUAAUGAAGAGGCCUGAGUUGGGCAUCACUCUGACGAAACUCCACUGCUGGUCACUUACUCAGUAUUCCAAAUGUGUGUUCAUGUAUGCAGAUACUCUGGUCCUCACAAAUGUUGAUGAUCUUUUUGAAAGAGAAGAAUUGUCAGCAGCACCAGAUCCAGGGUGGCCUGACUGCUUCAAUUCUGGAGUCUUUGUCUAUCAACCCUCAAUUGAAACAUAUAACCAGCUGUUGCACCUUGCUUCUGAGCAAGGUAGUUUUGAUGGUGGGGACCAGGGCCUACUGAAUACAUAUUUUAGUGGCUGGGCAACAACAGAUAUCAGGAAACACUUGCCAUUUGUGUAUAAUCUGAGCAGCAUUUCAAUAUACUCCUACCUCCCGGCAUUUAAAGCGUUUGGUGCAGAUGCCAAAGUUGUGCACUUCUUGGGACAAAUCAAGCCAUGGAAUUACACGUACAGUCCCCAAACAAAAAGUGUCAAAUGUGAAUCUCAAGACCCAACUGUGAGUCACCCAGAGUUUCUGAACCUGUGGUGGGACAUCUUCACCACCGGUGUUUUACCCCUGCUUCAACAACAAGGCCUAGACAAAGAUGCCUGCUCCUCUCUAACGAUGGAACAUGUCUCAGGAGCUUUGUCACACCUGUCCAUUGGGGAAGCCCAGGCUACACCACAACCUUCUAUGUCCUCAGAAGAAAGAAAGGAGCGGUGGGAACAGGGCCAGGCUGAUUACAUGGGAGCAGAUUCUUUUGAUAACAUCAUGAGAAAACUUGACACUUACCUACAAUAGAAGCACUGCCAUUUCCCUGUGGACACAUCCACGUCUUGGGCACAUUUCUGAUACUUAUAGUAUGUGAAGCUGGUUGAAAAGUCUGUUACAUUUGUUAGAGGCUUUCACUAUACCUCACCAGAUGAGGAUUUGGGCAGGACAGAAGAUGAGAACUGGUCAGAUGUUAUGAAGUAGUAAUUCUGUUUUAUGGAAAAGUGCUGUUUUAACCCUAGACUUUUCCUAGAAAUUCGUAAUUCUUCAGUUGCCAACAUAUAUUGUAAAGGAAAGCCAACAUUAAAUUACUAAGAUGGUU